UAACCAAAGGUUAAUACACGCGUUGUUUGGCAACGUCGCAAAUUUGAGGGUAUUUGAUGAUAGCCGUUGGUAGCAUUGGUGUGCGCACAUGGUUUUGUGUACCAAACAGAGACUUUAAUUAAAGUCGCUGGUACCAAAGAGGUUAGAGACAGCUGAAUCUGCUGUUUACUCUUCGUUCAGUGAGUACAUUUUAGCGCAUCAAACGAAAGCGACUCUUGAUUACUUAUUACCUUGUUACUAGUGAUGUAAGUAUUGUUGCUUUAAUUGCAGUCAGUUUUUUAAGUUAUGGAAGGCAGAGGAAAAAAAGGAUGCGUGCACCAAACUUUUCCAUUGACGAAAAGUUGCGAAUUUUAUACGUUAUAGAAAAGUAUAAGGAUGUGGUUGAGAACAAAAAAACCGACGCUCUAACGUGGCAAGAAAAAAAUGCAGCGUGGACUAAAAUUACUGCUGAGGUAAACUCAAAUGGUAGUGUACCUCGCACAGUGGAAAAUAUUAAAGGUUUCUUUGAAAACCAAAAAAGAAGUACUAAUAAAAAAGCUGCAGUUGAAAAAAGGCAGUUGAGGCGAACCGGGGGAGGCAGCACAACUGCUAUUGUAGAUGAUCCCACAUUUGGGAUCACUAUGGAAAUUUUAAAUAAAAAAAAUAUUUAUGGAUUACAAAACCUUUAUGAUGGAGAUGGCGACGAUUUAGAUCCUGGCAAUUCAAAAGUUGAUGAACAAACAUUCCAAGGCGCAGCAAGUACUUGCGAAGAAUACGAAGAUACUUUACAGGGGCCCUCUAUUAAUUCAAAGGUUGAAAACUCGACAGAUUGGGGCAAUUCAUGCCCAGCCCAGUUGCAGGCUCCAAUGAAUCCCAAACUGGCGGCACUCAUUGACAGGCAAACACAAAAACAAAUUGAAGUCCCUGCAACUCCGUCAACGUCAACUUCAUUUACUAAUAAAAAACAAGAAAAUACAUCACACUCAAGGAGAAGACCAUCUUUGCACUCUUCAACAAAUGUGGCCAGAAAAUAUGAAGAAGUGGCAGAAAAGAAAAAAACAUUAUAUGAUAUUCAAAUUUCCAUUUUUCGAAAAUUUCAAGAGCAGCAGGAGGAAAUGGCUCGUAACUAUCAGCAUGAUUUAGAAGAGAGAAGAAAACAUGACGAAAAGAUUCGUUCUCUACAAAUUCAAAAAGAAGUGUUGGACAUUGAAAUAAAAAAGGCCCAAUUAAUAGCUCUACGGAAAGGGAUAGAAAAUGAAUAACAUUAUUAGUGUUAUUAAUAUUGUAUUUUAUAAGUAUUAAUGCUAACAAAAUGCUAACUAUACGCGAACUAAAUGACCGUUGGGGGCGCCACUGUUAACUGCAACAUGGCCGCUCUAAGGCAUAUUUGACGUAUCCUUUAUGGCAAGUCUUAAGUGUCCAUCGUGUGAAAAAAGUGUGUUGUGUUAAUAAAUCGAGCGUUUUUGUAGUGGAUUUGUUCAGUUUACAGCCUGUUUCGUUGUUUGUGUCAGUUUUUUUUGUAGUUCUCAUUUUAUUAACCCUUUGUUUAACUUUUUAAGUGAACACAUGCUAAAUCAUGUGGUGUUAAAACUUCUGUGAAAACUUUAUUAAUUAUAGCGAUUAUUGUUUUUUAAAUUAAGUGUUCAUUUCAUACUAUGUAUGAGUGGAAUAAUGCAUAAUAAUAAAAUAAUAAAGCAUGAAUAAUA